AAUAAUCCAAAAAUUCAAAAAUACUAUGAAUAUAUGCUAAUAUGUAGUAACAAAUUCUUGAUAUUCAUUUCUCUAUUCCUUCCCUUUCGAUUCUUCUUUUCUUUUUCUUUUUUUAGCAAUCGCGCUCAGUUAUUCCAAAAAACAAUCACGAAUCGUAACCUAGAUAAAAACAGAAUAUUCAAGUAUGAAUGGAAACGCAAGUAAAAAAGCAAACAUAAAUCGAAUACGCAUUGAUGAACGAUGAACAGUGGAACGUCUGAAAAGAAAUGUCAUCUUUUGUAUCAAUUUCUCGAUUUCUUUUGGAAAAUUGGUUGAACACGAGCCUGCGGACGUUCUCAAAAAAUCGAUACGCGCAUACCGAUUUACCCAAAGUAAGCUUUCAAGAAUAUCGUCGAAAAUCACUUCGGAACUCGAAUGUAUCGACUAGGCGGAGCUUUGAUGAACGAACUGUAGCAAAUCAUGUGAUGUCCUUCGUGGCCGGUGUUGCUGGGCUCUACGGGUUCAAAUCCCACUUAUUGCAUUAUAUAGAAAGUAUGGCGCCAGCACGUAAUCUCAUAGCUGAAGCGCAAGUUGAAAUUAAGUUACAAAAUAUAAAUGUGGGAAAAGUGUCAAUAUUUAAAUGGCGAGGAAAACCAAUCUUCGUUUAUCAUCGCCCUCAGUCUAUUAUAGAACAAGAAAGACAAACUGAUGUUACGAAACUCAGAGACCCUGAGACAGAUGAACAAAGAGUUAAACGACCAGAAUGGCUAGUCAUGAUUGGAAUUUGCACGCAUUUAGGUUGUAUACCAAUUCCGAAUUCUGGUAUUAUACAUGGUGGAUUUUACUGUCCAUGUCAUGGGUCUCAUUUCGACGGAGCUGGACGUAUACGCAAAGGACCGGCGCCUACUAAUUUAGAAAUACCUGAAUAUCGAUUCCUCGACGACAGUACCAUUCUCAUUGGCUAACUUUACAACCAAUGUUAAUCUCAAUUUAAUAUUUAUAAUGUCAAAUGUUAAAUAUAAUUGUAAUAAUAAUAUAAAUAAUAUUUAUAACAUCGUAACGUUAAAGAUAAAAUUUAGGUACCUCAUUAUCACAACAUAACCUCGCUAUUUCUCAGAUUACAUCUUUCUCAUAUAAUUCUGUUGCUAGUUUUGUA